AUGGCCCCUAAACCUGCGCCUCCCCCAGUCCCAGCCCGCCUCUUCCCCACUCGCACCCUCACCUUUCCGCACCCUCCAGGCCCCUACACCUCCUCCCUCGCCCUACGCGACUUCGGCAACUUCACAUCCGGCUGGAACCCCUCUCGAGCCCACAUCACCCCGUCCAACGAAUKCCGCAUCACGCUCCUGAAGAACGCUCUCUCCGCUUCCGGCGGCAUGAUUGCCAAAUACAACGUCCCUCCCGGUCCGGAGUAUUCCAUAUCCUUUAAAGUGAAAUUUGAUGAGGAUUUCGAAUGGUGCACGGGAGGGAAAUUUGGGCCCGGGGUAUUCUUCGGGGAGGGAAGCGCUGCGGCGGGGAGUGGAUGUGAUGGAACCGGAGCGAGUUGUAGGAUGGUGUGGCAUACGCAUCGCAGGACGGGCGAGGUGUUUUUUCWGGUCUAUGUUUAUUGGGCCGGGCAGACGGGAAGUGGAGGGAAGUAUGGGGAUUGUUGGGGGAGGUUUCCUCCUGAGGGGAGCAGUUUGGAGAGGGGAGUGUGGUACGAUGUGAAAAUGGAGGUCAAGGGGAAUUGUGGGAGUGAAGAGGAUGGGUCGUUGAGGGUGCUGAUCCAGGGGGAAGUGAUUGUUGAGAGGGCUGUGAGGUGGAUGACUUGUUGUGCGGAGGGGGAGAGGGGAUUGGUGAGGAGGAUGGAAUUUGCUACUUUUAGGGGCGGUGCUACGGAGGAUUAUAUGAGUUGUAGGGAUGGGUUUGUUUCUUAUAGGAAUGUUUGUUGGGAGAGGAUUGGGGAGUAG